GUAAUGAUGACACAUGGCAAUUCAUAACAUUCACUAAAAAUAUCAACUUUCAAAUGGAACUAAACUGUAAAGUAAAAAAAAACUUAAAGUCUGCUUGGAUGAUAGUGAUGUGAUUGAAAUUAUUGAUGUAUUGUGGAUAUGUUAUGGGUCUUUCGCUACUUGACAAAAUGGGACGCUGACAAAUAUACGAAAGUUCAUGCGACAGUAGUACGGGUGUCUACGAGUGGCAAAGGUUCGUCAAAUAUGAGAUAAGGACGAUCAUAAUGUCGAUGACGUGAUCAUUCUGAAUUAAAACGAAAUUAUGCUACAUAAGUUAAAAAACGAAUGUUUAGACUUAUUUAUCGAGCCAUAGACAGUCCUCGUCAUUAGCAGUCAUGCUUGGGUUACCAUCAUCAACCUUUGCAUUGAAAUUAAAGAUCAGUGUAUUCAUUAUCAUUAUAAUGGCCGCCGCAUCAUGCCUCACGUUCAUGUGGUUCAUACACGCAAACAACACCUCAAAAGCUAAGUACAGAUACACCAGCGAAUAUGAAAUUAUGAACAUUGAUCCCACUGUAGCUGAGAUGAUCAGGAAGGCAAAAUUAUUUUCCAACGAGGCGGACUUUGAUCAUCGAAUCGAUAACAACCCUGAUCCAAAAGCUCACAUGUACGAUUAUUGGGAAGCCAAGAGAAUUAAGUAUAACAUAACAGGGUAUAACAUUGCAAUUGGAUGUGCUAUUACCACGAGAGGAAGUAACAUUGAUGAAUAUAACAUCAAUAGUAUGCCCUUCUUCCAGUACCUAUUUAAAUCGUUUUGCAGAACUGCCAGUGGUGGUUUCAGCUACCAUUUUUAUAUUGCACAUGAUCAUGACGACCCCUUUUUCUCACAGAAACACUCUCAUAGAAGAUUCGAAAAAGAGUUUUAUAGAAUAACAGCUGAACAGAAACAGAUUGAAGUAGAAUGGACGGUACAUUUACAUUACGUUGAUUGCGAUCACUCACGCAAGCCAGCGUGGGCUCAGAAUGAUGCCAUGACGGCUGCCUACUUCGACAAUAUGGACUACUUUUACAGAGUUAAUGACGACUCUAUGUUUCAAUCUCCCGUAUGGGUCGAGGCGAUGAUAGAAGAGCUACUCAAACGUAAUCCAACAAACGUUGGCGUUGUUGGCCCAUCUGUUAUGGGGGGCAACCAAUACAUUUUCACGCACGACUUUGUCCAUCGUACGCAUAUUGACAUAUUUGGGUUUUACUACCCCAGGCGGUUCACAGAUUGGUGGGCCGACGAUUGGAUUUCAAACGUCUAUCCUCAUGAAUACAGGAAACGAAUGUAUGAUGUGAGAGUUCGACAUUUCCUUGCAGAUUCUAGGUACAAGGUUAGUUAUGCCAAUGAGCAGUACGUACAAGAGGAAACUCGUACAAACGCUGAAUGGUUUGAUGAGUGGCUCCACUACAAACAUGCUUUAGCAGAGGUAGACCGUACACAUACACUGUCUAAUAAAGUCAUCGCAUUCAGCUUAUAUGGCUCUGAAAAGACGUUUACAUAUGGAGCCAUCAGAAAUGCAGUCCUUGCCCAAAUGAUGCUACCCGGAUGGAAAGUCAGAAUUUACACUGGAAGUUGCAGUUACAAAUACACCGUGCCAAAUAAAAUAUUGAACAAACUGAAACAACUCGGUGCAAUAAUACAUAACGUGGAUGAUGAUGUUUGCAAUAAUAUAGCCCCGGGUAUGUGGCGAUACUUAGUUGCGGAUGAAAAUGAAACUGACUAUUUUAUUGUAAGAGACUCUAAUGCAAGACUCAGUGCCCGUGAGGUCCAUGUCGUUUCUGAAUGGACGAGCAAAGGUUCAUUAUGUCACUGUAUCAGAGAUCACAAAACUCCCAGGAUUGAACCAAUUGUAUCUGGUUUGUUCGGUGGCAGACCCGCGAUGAUUAGAGCCGUUUUGAAAGUAACAAUGAAAAAGCUCUUACUAUGGAACACGUCAAGGGAAAUAAUAUUGAAAAAGCUUUGGAAAGUUUUGAAACCCCGAUGCUUGUGUCAUGACAGUGUUAGUUGUGAUACAUGGCCAAAUUCAAAACCAUUUGAACAUGCCGUAAGAAAGGGAAAAUACAUAGGAAAACAUUUUACUGAAUUUGGUCAACCUAUUGAGGGUGAUUUUAGCAAGAAAAUAGUGCAACGGAAUCCAAACUUUAAAUGCACUACAGAAACGAACAAUGAGCUUGGACAAACGAUCAACAAACUUAAAAGGAUGACCAUGUGGAGCAUGGAUUACAAUAUUGCUCAUAUAUAUGCCAUUAAGUAUCUUUUCGAAGCUUAUGGCAUUACUACAAUAGACAAGAGUUUGUCACCUGGUUGUGCCAUCACUCACACGUGUGCGACUGGAAUGAAAGUGCGGACAGAUUAUUACAGUGGGCUUAAUUUGAAUCCUUAUCUUAUUCAGCAAUUUUAUAAUGCUUACAGGAAUGACCCCCAGAUGAAAAAUGUUGACUUCUUCCUUUGUGUUUCACCAAUCUCUAUGUGUAGAUUAUAUGAAAAGUUCAGCAAACCGAUGCUCCUUCUCGCAACAAACAGAUACGAAUUUGGAAGCGAUGAUUUCUACCGUUGGAAAGAAUUGGACAUGUACCUGGAGCUUUACUCUAGUCAGCCACAAAAUGUAAUAGCUGCUUCAAACCUAUAUGAUCUCAAUUAUAUAAAGUACUACACUGGUAUUCAACCUGUGUUGGUACCCCUUACCUGUAACUAUGUGAAUGAGAGGUACAAUCCAUCCAAGGAAACAAUAAUUCUUGCACAAAUACCAAACUCUGAUUUUCGAUCAAAAUUGAUGACAGACAUAUCUAAUACCCAAAGUCAAUUUAUUAAAUCCGAUUUCAACUUCCGAUAUGUUGGUGAUGAAUACUCCGAUUUUGAAGUCUCAGAUUUAGCAAAGCACCCGGCUGUGAUAAUGGUACCAAAGCAAGUAUCAACCAUAUUGUUUUGCGAGGUGUAUCAAAUAGGUAUACCUGUGUUUAUUCCUACGGUUGAACUACUCACUUCAUGGCAUGUGAACUAUAAUGUCGUAUCUGGAAAAUCACUAGGGGGAUCGAUCAACGCCCCUUUACCCUCGGGUGUAAAUGCCAGUGCACCCGACCCUAACCGACUAGAGGAGUAUGACGUGAAACAUUGGUUGGGGUUCUCUACAACUCUUCACGUUUCUGGUGAUUUGAGUGAAAUGGAAGAGAGGCGGUCCGCUGGAAGGGCAAAACGCCAGGCAAAGAGUGUCGAUGAUGGAUAUUGGGAUUGUAGUGUUUGUACAUUCAAGAACUCCCCGGAGGCGUUUAAAUGUGAUAUGUGUGAUGUUCGCAAAGGAACUUCAACAAGAAAGCCAAAGUUAAAUGCUACAGUUGUAGCCCAACAAGUAUCUCAGCAAUAUGUCCCUCCACCUAUACCUAAAAAAGAAAAGAAGAAAGAAAGACUUAAUUCAGGAAAAAAGAGGUUGCCAAGGCUGAAAAACAUUGAUCGCAGUUCACCGCAACGUAUGGCUGUAACAGUGGAAAACGUCACAGUAAUAAUAAAAGAAUACAAACUCAAACCACGGCGCAUUUCAGCCGAGGCGUCUAGCUCGAAUACAAACGCUUCUAGCACAUCGACUAGUUUUAACUUAGAUAUGAGUAGUAAUACAAGUGCCACGAGUCCAACAAGUAGUACCAGUUAUGCGAGAGACAGUGAUAGUGACGCCACUGAGAUUGAUCCUCAGGAGGACUUGGAGAAUCGAUGAAAUGCAUACAGCUGGAGAUAUGGAACAGAUAUGUCAUAUGGGGGAGGGGGGUUGUUUUAAGUGUCAGUCAUAUCAUCAUAUUUGUCUAUUCUAUUAUAAAUCAUCAUGCAUAGGUUAUUGCCAUGCAGGGCUCUCACCAGGAAAUAUUUAAGGUGUGGUGCUAACAUCUUCAGAAUAACCGUUCAAUCGUGAUAAAUCAUAUUUAUGUUAU